CAGCUAACGGCAGUCUGCAGCAGGCCGCUGAAACCUUAACUCGUUGUGAAAAGAAUUUACAGGAAAAGCUACAGGACUGCACAAUGGCUUCGAUUAGUUUGUUAAAUCCGGAUGCUGAGUUCGCCCGCGCAGCGCAGGCAUUAGCGGUUAACAUCACCGCUGCGAAGGGUAUUCAGGAUGUGAUGAAAACCAGCCUUGGGCCGAAGGGUACCAUGAAAAUGCUGGUUUCUGGUGCCGGCGACAUCAAGAUCACUAAGGAUGGAAAUGUGCUGCUGCACGAGAUGCAGAUCAAGCAUCCGACGGCUUCGUUGAUUGCACGUGCUAGUACGGCGCAAGACGAUGUGACCGGAGACGGAACUACCUCGAUUGUGCUGAUUAUCGGCGAACUGUUGAAACAAGCGGAUCUUUACUUCGCUGAUGGAUUGCACCCGCGAAUCAUCGCUGAUGGCUACGAUCAGGCACGUUUGCAGGCGUUGGAAAUUCUGGACAAAAUUGCCUGUCCGAUUGAGGUGAAUCGCGAGAACCUGCUGAAUGUUGCUCGCACGUCGCUGCGUACCAAGGUUCACCCCGCGCUGGCUGACCUGCUGACGGAUGUUUGUGUUGACGCGGUACUGGCCAUUCGCACGGAGGAUAAGCCCGUUGAUUUGCACAUGGUAGAGAUUAUGGAGAUGCAGCACAAAUCGUCUUCUGAUACGCAGUUGGUGAAAGGAAUCGUCAUGGAUCAUGGCGCACGCCAUCCGGACAUGCCGAAGCGUGUUGAAAAUGCGUACAUCUUGACUUGCAACGUUUCGAUGGAAUACGAAAAAUCGGAGGUAAACUCAAGUUUCUUCUACAAGACGGCCGAAGAGCGUGAAAAGUUUGUCCGUGCUGAGCGUGAGUUCAUCGAGCAGCGGGUACAGAAGGUGGUUGAGCUGAAGAAGAAGGUUUGUGACGGAACAGAUAAAACGUUUGUUGUGAUCAACCAGAAAGGUAUCGAUCCGAUGUCGCUCGAUAUGCUGGCCAAGGAAGGUAUAGUCGCACUGCGACGUGCGAAGCGCCGCAAUAUGGAGCGUUUAGCUCUCGCCUGUGGUGGUAUUGCAAUGAACUCUUUCGACAACAUGGAUGAGUCGUGCCUUGGAUACGCUGGUCUCGUGUACGAGCACGUGCUCGGCGAGGAAAAGUUUACGUUCGUUGAAGGGUGCAAAAACCCGCUCUCGGUGACGAUUCUUCUGAAGGGUCCCAACAAGCAUUCGCUCAUUCAAAUCAAGGACGCCAUUCGCGAUGGGCUGCGUUCGAUUAACAAUGCAGUCGAGGACAAAAAGCUUGUCCCAGGUGCCGGUGCUUUCGAAGUACGGGUGCACAACAAGCUGCGCGAGUACGCUAAGACCGUAAAGGGCAAAACACGCCUCGCCAUUCAAGCGUAUGCCGACGCUAUGCUUGUAAUCCCGAAGGUACUCGCAGUGAACAGUGGCUACGAUGCUCAGGAUACGAUUGUGCGGCUGCAGGAGGAAGGAUUGUUGAAUGAAGAGCCGAUCGGAUUGGAUCUUUCGACCGGCGAGCCUAUGAAACCGGUGGAUAUGGGAAUUUUCGAUAACUACAUCGUAAAGAAACAAAUUCUCAAUUCCUCUACUAUCAUCGCUGUCAACAUCCUGCUAGUCGAUGAAAUUUUGCGCGCGGGCAUGAGUAGCCUGAAAGGCUAAGCCGCCUUCUUCCGAGUGGUCAGCACUCUUUCUGUAUUGCUUCCUUGCGUGGUCUAAUAUUUCUUUAAGCACUGUCUUGUUCAUUUAUCACUCACAUCCCGUCGAAAAGCGCAACUGAAGAGCGAAUUGAUUCAUGUCGAGUUUAUCACCUAACGAUGCUUUGUACCCUCAAUUUACUUCACAAUAAAUGCACACGCUUAAAC